UUAAUAAACUGGUCAAACUGGUUUAAAGAUGAUGUAAGAAAAGAAGAUCGGGUAUUGACUUUGGGAAGAAAAUCAACGAUGAAAUAAUAAAUGACUUAGAAUAAAUUCCCUCGAUAGAAAUAGCAAGAGCAGUAUAAAAGGAAUAGUUUGACUAUAGUAAUAUGCAAAAUUAAGUAAUGUAACAGCGGUAAGAUUAAGGAUAAAAGUAAUAGUUAAACUGUUAUUUUAGCCUGGCAAAUAUAAAACCUGUUUUGCUAAACAGUAACUACGCAUGCUUAAUCAAACAAUGAAGAGAUCCACGUAUAGCAAAUAAGUGAAUAUCUGACGUGUCGGAAACGACUUUUGCAUAGAUUAACAAUUCCUCCAUAACAGUCUCACUAGAUUACACGACUCGUAGAGACAGCGACUGACAGGCCCCUCAAAACCUUUUCUACAAUGAAGAUCAUAGGAGCUGGACUGCCUAAAACAGGCACCAAGUCUUUAGCGAGUGCUUUGAGGCGUCUUGGUUUUAAUGUGCAUGACCACCAUGAGCAAUUACAAUUCCACUGUGAUGAAUAUAUUGCUGCUUUCAAAGGACCGAUGCCAAACUUUGAAGAAAUGUACGAAAAUGUCGAUGCCACAACAGAUUUACCGGCAUGUAUAUUUUACAAAGAGAUCUUCAAAGCUUUUCCUGAUGCCAAGGUUAUUUUGUCAGUUCGAGAUGAUGAGGAAUCCUGGCGCAAAAGUUUUCUAAAGACUGAAAGCAUUGUUUCAUCUGCAACCAGCAAUCUCUUGAUGAUUUUAGGCCUAUUUUUAACACCAAGUGGUAGAAAACUCUGGCGCCUUGGGUAUAACGUUAAAAAGUACGUCAAGAAUGAGCUUGACUACACGAAGCACAAUAAUGAGGUCAUGGCAACCAUCCCAGCCAAGCAACUUCUUGUGUUCAACCCCAAGGACGGGUGGGAGUCGUUAUGCGCCUUCCUGGGUGCUGAAGUGCCCGCUAUUCCAUACCCUCGAGAAAACGUGAAUUCCACAGGCGUACCAAGUACAAUUAAGAACCAUUGGCACGUACGGCGAAUGAAGAGAGAGCUAGCGGUGAUGAUGGCGGUGUUUGUAGUGUUACUUGGCUGCACAUACGCGUUGCUUUCGUUGCCAUAUUUUAAAUAUUGAAAUACUCUUUUUGUUUCGUAAGAACCCUUUCUUUUAAAGAAUGCCCGGCCUAAUAUUUUCGCCAAUAUUUAAGAACAUGUCAAGGCUAAGGUGGCAACAAAAUUUUGUUUGUGUGAUGCAGAAUCUUAUUGUAUUCAUAACAACCUUAAAUAUCAUUUUAAGUCAGGCUUCUGCCGUGGCGAAUCUUAUCACAGGUAACCCAAGCAUAAUAUUAGAGGACUGCAAUGUACUAGAGUUAGGGCUUAUGAUAUACGGGGUUUAUUUACCUCAAAAUUUAUAAGAACUUAUUAUUAAAUUCCAUGAAACUCA